AUGUCGGAGGCCGUUGCGGACGAGUCCAAAAUCUUUAGGUUGAAGGGAGAGAAGCAGCUAAAGCUGAGCACUGCCGAGGAUGCCGCCCCUUACGUUGCCCAGAUCGAGGCCAUCGACGGUUUGCAAGAAGUUCAUUUCGGAGGCAACUCGCUCGGCACUGCAGCUUGCGUGGCUUUCGCAGAGGUCCUAAAGACAAAGACGACGCUAAGGGUCGCGGACUUCGCCGACAUUUUCACGGGUCGACUGAUCGACGAGAUUCCCGACGCACUUCGAGCUCUGUGCAAUGCGCUGCUUCACCACGAGCAUCUGGACGAGCUUGACUUGUCCGACAACGCGUUUGGUGGCAGAAGCGCAGAGCCAAUGGUAGAGCUGCUCAGCAACAACCACUCCAUCAAAGUACUGAAGCUAAACAACAAUGGCCUAGGCAUCGAUGGAGGUCGCAUCGUAUCGGGCGCUUUGACGGUCGCAGCCAAGAAGCUCGCAGACUCUGGCAUACAAUCGCAGUUGCACACUGUCAUUUGCGGAAGAAACCGCUUGGAGAAUGGGUCGGCGCCGCAAUGGGCGGAGGCGUUUGCUGCUCACAAGACGCUCAGAGUGGUGCGCAUGUACCAGAACGGUAUCCGCAUGGAAGGCAUCCAGGCCAUCGUAGCUGGACUGCGAGAGUGCAAAGACUUGGAAUGGUUGGAUCUCGGUGAUAACACCGCCACCCUGAAGGGAUCAAUAGCCAUCGCUACCAGCCUGCCAAGCUGGCCAAAAUUGCAAACCCUUGACCUCACCGACUGCCUGUUGCGUCCCCGAGGCGGUGUUUUGGUCGCCAAUGCCCUCGCCAAGGGUCACAACACAGAGCUCAAGAAGCUUCAAUUAGGAUACUGCGAGCUGGACAGCAAAGCCCUCAGCGCGCUGGCAAAGGCGAUCACCCUCCAACUUUCAAACCUCACCAGGCUCGAAAUCAACGGCAACUUUGCAGACGAAGAGGAUGACUGUAUCGAGGCCAUCAAAUCAGCUCUGGAGGAGCACGGGCAUCUGGAUGGUCUCGAUGAUUUAGAUGAUCUUGAUCCCGAGGGCGAGAUCGACGACUCCGAAGAUGAGGCUAGCGACGAGGAGAGCGGCGAAAAUGAGGAAAAAGAGACCGGGGCAGUGGCAGCCGGCGUGCCCACAGCAGAUCAAGAUACGGUAUCGCCCGAGCGGUCGACAAUCUGGUACACCCCGCAGAAAAAGAAACUUCCGAAUCGUCCGAGCAGCCAAAAGGCGGAGAGGCUGAGCAGUCCACCGCCGCUUUCGAGCCAAUCACCGACGCAACGCAGCCUGAAAGCACAGCAAGAAUUCAGGACGUUCAGGAACCGGAAGCUGUGCCCUCAUCAGGUGCUGCAGAACCGCAAAUUCCAGCGCUCGUAG